UAAACACCUCAUUCUAAACCCUAAUGCAAUCUCCAAUCCAGGAAGUGGAAUUGGUAUAUCAAAUUUGAAUGUCUGGGUUCAGGCCGAGCGUCCUUUAAUGGAACAGUCUGUGCAAAUGACGAUUGAAGGGUCUCUUUCCGGGGACUGCAAAGUCGGAUCAGCAUUUCAAAGUGGCUCUCUCCAGCACAGAUAGCCCUGAGGAUUGGUUGCUUUUCAAAUAUGGCGCGGAAAUGAAAUUUUUAAUUAUCAAAGGAAUUCGCCUGAACGGCUGAGUAGUGACCAGAACUUGGCCCAUUUGUUGAGGUCUUGUCUAUUUCGUGAUGGAAUUCCACGAGUCAGCUUUGGAUGCCAUCUAUGAAGACGAUGUCUCUUGUUCCGACGUAGAAGAGGGAGAAAUCGAAGGCGAGGAGGUUCAGAACUUGGAACCCAUGGAUGUGGACCGAGGGGAGGCGAGAAUAAUCUUCGAGGAAGGAGAAAUCUCAGACGAUGAUGAUCCCUCACCGGGCGAAACCUGUGAUGGCUCAAACGAAACCCGCGAAGGUCUUGAGCCCAAAGACGGCAAUGAUCAGCUAGCUAAGGGCAACAAUGCUCUUGGACCAGAUCGUUCUGCACGGCCAGCCAGACGCAAAAAGUCCAAGAAGAAACGCUCCGGAAAGCGUAAAAGUGUUGACGAAGCAAGGUUUGUACGCGAAACAUGUAUUCAUCUUCAAGAGAAAAAAAUAUCUCUUAUAUGGGCCCUUGUGAAGAAAUUGGGCGUUGAUGCUGUACGAGAUCUCGUGAACGAGGUGAAUGUUAUCGAGAAAUGUGGCGGUCAGUUUACAAAUGACAAGAAACGUCGACGAACACCGGGAGGUGUUCUCUGGAAUAUUUUACGAGGAAGAGUACAGCCUGAAGUCUACAAGGAGAUUAUGUCUCAAGGAAACGAAGUUCUGAAACAAAAAGCCAAACAAGCGAAGGAGUCCCUUAAGAGACAGAGGAUGGAUGUUGAUGAACCAAGCAGCAUGAAGCGUCGAAAGAUGGACGUGAAGGAUGCGGACACUCUAAUGGCGACUGUGAACGGAAGACAACUUAAUCAGUCCACUCCCAUUCCCAAAGUGCGUAAGGAUUUGCAAUCCUUGAUGGAUGGCCCAGCGGGAGAUGAUUCUCUCUUGCCAACUGUGCAACUACAGAAAGCAUGGGUCGAAGGAAUUAAAAAGAAAGAUGCAAGCAUCGAUGUUGGUAUUGGCACUCCAAGUGUGGUCAAAUACGAGCUUGGAGCGUUCAAAGAUCUGAAAGCCACUGAAAGAAAACCUGUUGACGUCGUCGACAGGUUGCGAGUGCCCGUAGAAUACAGUGACUUAGUAACAAUUACACAUGACGAGUAUUGUUCUGUUGGAUCUCCUGAGCCUAGAGAUUCGUUUCGGUGAAUGAAAUAUCUGGAAAUUUCAAUGGCAAUGUGCGAUGGAGCCGUAGUGCACAAGAGAGUUUGAUUCCAACGUUUGGUUGCGUGUCAUGACAAUGGAGUCAGAGAUCGAGAUCUACUCAAUCUGAGACCGCACAUUCCGGACAACUCUAAGAAACUGCUUUCAUCGACCCCCGGCUGAAAUACGGAGGAUACUCUCAGUCUGCGCAGUGAUCUUUGCAACUUCUACUUCAGCUUUGCAACUUCAACAAUUUCUUGACAAACGUGACAGGGUUUCUGUUACCUAUAGAAGGUAGCAAGCAGACAUGUGUUUGUGAAACAACUCGGGUCACGUGCAAGCAAGUAUUGAACAUUUUCCGUCUCUGGCCUUCUAUACUUCAUCAGUUUCCCUGAAGUAGUUGCCUGUAUCAGUUUGUCACAAGUAAAACGAAGUUCCGACAAAGAUUGCGGGGUCCAUGAUCCUUUUGAAACCUGUUGAACGAAAGCAUCAUCUGAUCACAUCGAUGUCGAAGGUUUCGGACUGCACUGUAUUAAGCCACCUUUCAUGAGAAGGUUUGAUGUUGCCUUCUCAUUUCAGGCUCUGAGAAAAUAAUGAGUAUAUUGCAGAUUCAUA